AUGAGAUUGCCCAAGUUUUAUAACACUUAUCUAACAGCAGCUGUUGCUACCAUUGGUGGCUCACUCUUUGGAUUCGACGUUUCUAGUAUGUCUGCCAUCAUCGGCACCGAACAAUAUACUACGUAUUUCAACAAUCCAAGUUCGACUUUACAAGGUGGUAUUACCGCUGCAAUGUCAGGUGGAUCGUUGGUCGGUGCCCUCUUAGCAGCAUUUGUUUCGGAUCGUCUUGGUAGAAGAACAGCCAUUCAAUUCAGUUGUAUUCUUUGGAUUAUUGGUUCAAUCAUAUGUUGUGCUGCUCAAAAUGUUGCCAUGCUGAUUGUUGGUAGAGUCAUUAAUGGUCUAUGUGUUGGUGUCACUUCUUCUCAAGUGCCCGUUUACCUUGCUGAGAUUGCCAAACGUGAAAUCAGAGGUAAAGUCAUGGCUAUUCAACAAUGGUCUAUCGAAUGGGGUAUUCUUAUCCUAUACUACAUUGGUUAUGGUUGUUCUUUUAUCAAAGGUACAGCUUCUUUCCGUAUCCCAUGGGGGGUACAAAUGGUUCCUGCUGUUUUAUUAUUCAUUUUAAUACCAAUGUUCCCCGAAUCACCAAGAUGGUUAGCAGGUAAGGGACGUUGGGAUGAAUGCCAUGAAAUCUUGGCAAAUGUUCAUGCAAAAGGAGAUCUCGAUGAUUUAGUCGUUCUUGCUGAAAUGCUUGAAAUCAGAGAAAUGAUUGAUUUGGAAACCGGUAAGAACAGCUCAUACCUUCAACUUUUAACAAAAGAGAAUUGGAGAAGAACAAGUGCUGGUGUGAUGGCUCAAGUUUGGCAACAAUUGGCAGGUGGUAAUGUCAUGAUGUACUAUGUCGUUUACGUUUUCGAGAUGGCUGGAUUAAGCGGUAAUGCAAAUCUUAUUGCAUCAUCAGUUCAAUACGUUGUGUUCUUGGUAUUUACCCUUCCUGUUCUUUUUUACAUUGAUCAUACCGGUCGUCGUUCUUUGAUGAUCAUAGGUAGUAUUGGAAUGGGGGUUUUCAUCUUUGCAGUUGGUGGUAUUCUUGCACAAUAUGGUGAAUAUGCUCCCUCCGUUGGUGGGAAUGAAAACAUUCAUAUUACAUUGGUGAACUCAUAUGGAGCAUCAAGAGCAGUAUUAGUAUGUUCUUAUCUUUUCACGAUGGUUUAUUCUUUGACUUGGGCACCAACGGCUUGGGUUUAUGCACCUGAAGUGUUCCCAUUGUAUUUAAGAUCAAAGGGAAUGUCAGCUGCAGCUGCUGGUAAUUGGGCUAUGAAUUUCGCACUGGCAUUUUAUGUUCCUCCUGCUUUCAAUAACAUCGGUUGGAAGACAUUUGCCAUUUUUGGUACUUUUUGUUUCGCUAUGGCAAUUCAUAUUUUUUUCACCUUUCCUGAGACUGCAGGGAAAUCACUCGAAGAAAUUGAUUAUUUGUUCGGUCCAGAUGCUCCACGUCCUUGGAAGACUAGAGUCGGUGGUGAUGAUUUCGAGCAUAAAGUUGAAGACUUGAGAGAAACGGAUCUCAAAGUGACUUCUGAACAUGUCGAAGAAACAGAAGACUAA